AUGUUAUCAAUAGGAUUCACGAUAAAUCUGGCAUAUACCGUUAUUUAUAAAGUUCCAUGGCCACAACCUCAAUGUGGUAUAGUGGGUGCAUAUGUCGUAACUUUAUCUGCGCUAAACUUUUUUUUGGUCACAUUUGUUGCGGCGUCAACGUGGCUUCGUGUAUGUAAAGAAGUUUAUUUGGAAACUGGUAUCUAUGAUUAUAGACUUUGGAUUAUUACAUUAUCUUUAUCAGCUUUAAUUGAUUUGAUUUCAAUUAAUGAUUUUGGACAACAUAAAUAUUGGUGUGCAGCAUAUCCUAAAAGUAUAACACUACCAUUAAUAAUGUUUUGUCUUAUCACAAUUUGUUUGAUUACGAUAAUAUUUUGUUAUCUCCAAGUAUUAUUGAAAAUAAAAAAUCUUGAUGAUUCAUUACUCACUUCCAGUUAUAUGUCUCCACAAAGAGUUUAUAUUGAGAAACGAGCUUUGAGAAAAUUGAUUUCUUAUAUUUUCACAUUUAUGUUACAAUUCAUACCACUUAUAGCAUAUCAUUUGGGUAGUUUAUUCAAGGUAGAACAUGUUUUUUUAUAUGUGCUCGCCACGACAAGUAAUUUUAUACAAUACCUUAUCAAUGAAGGUAUUUUCUCUGCCGACAAUUCAUCCAUCAUAUCAUCAUUCCAACGAAAUUCUUCCGCACCUGAAAGUGUAUCAAAAAUAUCUAAGAAUAUUAAAAAAAGUAAAUUAUCUUGUGUCAAAGAAGAAAGAGAUGAAGUAAUUGAAAAAAUUAAUGAUGAUGAAAUUAAAGAGAUUAGUAUUUAUGAAUUUUUUAAAAAUGAUAAUCAAUAUCAUAAUAAUAUUGAAGAUCACCUUAAGUAG